CGGGCUCUGAGCGCCGCGGAUCCCCCGGAGCCGCCGCUCCCCCCGCGCUCCCUCCCCGCGGGCCGCGCCGGGCGCGGUGCCGGCGCCGCCGGGAGCGCUCCCCGGGCUGCCCAGCGGCUCCUGCCCGGGGCCGAGGCGCCGCCGCCGCCGCCAUGGCGCCGGUGCAGCUGGAGAGCGCCCAGCUGGUGCCGGCCGGCCCCGCGUCAGCCCCGGCCCCGCCGGCCCCCGGCGCCGUGACAGCCGCCGCCAGCCCCGGGUACCGCCUCAGCACCCUCAUCGACUUCCUCCUGCACCGCACCUACGCCGAGCUCACCGUGCUGGCCGACCUAUUACCAAGAAAGACUGAUAUGGAAAGAAAAAUAGAAAUAGUGCAGUUUGCAAGUCGGACUCGUCAGCUGUUUGUUCGUUUGUUAGCCUUGGUCAAGUGGGCUAAUAAUGCUGGAAAGGUGGAAAAAUGUGCGAUGAUAUCCAGUUUUUUGGAUCAGCAGGCCAUUCUGUUUGUGGACACUGCUGAUCGUCUGGCAUCACUGGCUAGGGACGCUUUGGUCCAUGCUCGUCUGCCCAGUUUUGCUAUCCCGUAUGCUAUUGAUGUCCUGACAACUGGAUCCUACCCACGGCUGCCCACCUGCAUUAGGGAUAAAAUAAUCCCUCCUGACCCAAUAACAAAGAGUGAGAAGCAAACCACACUUCAUCAGCUAAACCAGAUUCUUCGCCAUCGACUCGUGACUACGGAUCUCCCUCCACAGCUGGCAAAUCUUACAGUUGCCAAUGGCCGUGUGAAGUUCCGAGUUGAGGGUGAGUUUGAGGCCACCUUGACAGUGAUGGGUGAUGACCCUGACAUUCCCUGGCGCCUUCUCAAGCUGGAAAUUUUGGUUGAAGACAAGGAAACUGGUGAUGGUCGAGCCUUGGUUCACAGCAUGCAGAUCAACUUCAUCCAUCAGCUGGUCCAGUCCCGGCUGUUUGCCGAUGAAAAGCCACUUCAGGACAUGUACAACUGUCUACACUCCUUCUGCUUAGCCCUUCAGUUGGAAGUCUUGCAUUCACAAACACUAAUGCUGAUUCGAGAGCGCUGGGGUGACCUUGUGCAAGUGGAGCGAUAUCAUGCGGGGAAAUGUCUCUCACUCUCUGUUUGGAAUCAACAGGUGCUUGGCAGGAAAACAGGGACUGCAUCUGUCCAUAAGGUCACUAUUAAGAUUGAUGAGACUGAUGUCUCAAAACCCUUACAGAUAUCUCAUGAGCCUCCACUGCCAGCCUGUGAUUCCAAACUGAUGGAAAGAGCCAUGAAGAUUGACCACCUAUCAAUAGAAAAACUCCUAAUAGACAGUGUCCAUGCAAGAUCUCAUCAAAAACUCCAGGAGCUGAAAGCCAUUCUGAAGAGCUACAACGUUAAUGACAAUUCAUUCAUUGAGACGGCUCUUCCAACCCUUGUAAUUCCAAUUUUGGAACCAUGUGGUCGAUCAGAGUGCCUGCAUGUAUUUGUUGAUCUCCACUCUGGGAUGUUUCAACUGAUGCUUUAUGGCGUUGAUCAACUGACACUUGAUGACAUAGAGAAGUCUGUUAAUGAUGAUAUGAAGCGCAUCAUUCCUUGGCUCCAGCAGCUCAAGUUCUGGCUUGGACAGCAACGUUGCAAACAGUCUAUAAAACAUCUGCCUACAGUGAGCAGUGAAACUCUUCAACUAGCUAAUUAUGCCAGCCAUCCAGUGGGAAACCUUUCCAAACACAAGUUGUUUAUCAAACUCACUCGCCUUCCGCAGUACUACAUUGUUGUAGAGAUGUUUGAUGUUCCUGGCAACCCCACAGAACUAGAGUACAAGUACUAUUUCCUGUCUGUGAGCUAUGCUGAAGGAGAUGACAGCCCUGCUACUGCACUUUUACUACAGCAGUUCAAACCAAACAUUGAAGAGUUGGUACUGGACACAAAAAGUGGGAAACAAAUGAAAAGUGGUGUCAAGCGCAAGUUAUCUGGAGAUCCAUGUUCCAUAGAACCCAAGAAGCCAAAACGGUCGGGAGAAAUGUGUGCCUUCAAUAAAGUGCUAGCUCAUAUUGUAGCCAUGUGUGAUACAAAUAUGCCAUUUAUAGGGCUUCGGAUAGAGUUAUCUAAUAUGGACAUUCCUCACCAGGGAGUACAAGUAGAAGGAGAUGGCUUCAGCCAUGCAAUACGUUUAUUAAAAAUUCCUCCCUGUAAAGGUGUAAACGAGGAAACGCAGAAGGCUCUGGACCGAUCUCUUCUUGAUUGCACUUUCCGAUUACAAGGUAGAAAUAAUCGCACGUGGGUGGCCGAGCUGGUGUUUGCAAACUGCCCGCUUAAUAGCACUUCAUCCAGGGAGCAAGGACCAACCCGUCACGUUUACCUGACGUAUGAAAACCAGUUGUCUGAACCAGUUGGAGGUCGCAAAGUCGUGGAGAUGUUCCUUAAUGACUGGAACAGCAUCGCUCGGCUGUACGAGUGUGUCCUUGAGUUUGCACGGUCCUUACCAGACAUACCCAACCACUUAAACAUUUUUUCAGAAGUUCGUAUCUACAAUUACCGAAAGCUUAUCCUUUGUUAUGGAACUACCAAGGGGAGCUCAAUCAGCAUUCAGUGGAACUCCAUACUCCAGAAGUUCCACAUUUCACUGGGAACUGUUGGCCCAAACUCAGGUUGCAGUAACUGUCACAACACAAUUCUGCACCAGCUCCAGGAGAUGUUUAAUAAAACGCCGAACGUGGUGCAGUUGUUACAGGUUUUGUUUGACACUCAGGCUCCAUUAAAUGCCAUCAACAAACUUCCAACCGUGCCCAUGCUGGGUCUUACUCAACGCACCAACACUGCCUAUCAGUGUUUCUCAAUCCUGCCACAGUCCCCCACACACAUCAGGCUGGCUUUUAGGAACAUGUACUGCAUUGACAUCUACUGCCGGAGCCGCGGCGUGGUGGCCAUACGGGACGGGGCCUACAGUCUCUUUGACAACAGCAAAAUAGUUGAAGGGUUUUACCCUGCACCUGGACUAAAGACAUUCCUGAACAUGUUUGUGGACAGCAAUCAGGAUGCACGGAGACGAUCUGUAAAUGAAGAUGAUAACCCGCCUUCUCCUAUCGGAGGAGACAUGAUGGAUUCUUUGAUAUCACAGCUUCAGCCCCAGCAGCCACCACAGCAACCACAACAACAGCCAUUUGCCAAACAGGCAGGAGCAUCGGGAGCGUAUCCUCUCACUUCACCACCCACCUCCUACCACAACACAGUGACGCCGUCCCCAUCCAUGAUGCACACACAGUCACCAGGAAAUUUGCAUGCUGCAAGCUCACCUAGCGGGGCUUUAAGAGCACCAUCACCAGCAUCCUUUGGUCCAACUCCUUCACCUUCCUCUCUUGGAAUCACAAUGGGACAAACAGCUAACUUUGCCAGCCCACAUGGUACCAUAGACCCAAGCUCACCAUACACCAUGAUGUCACCCAGUCAGCGUGCAGGGAAUUGGCCAGGAUCUCCCCAGGUCUCUGGUCCAUCACCAGCAGCACGGAUGCCUGGAAUGUCACCAGCCAACCCUUCCCUUCAUUCACCUGUCCCCGAUGCCUCUCAUUCCCCACGAGCUGGAACAACAGGUUCCCAAGCCAUGCCAACUAGCAUGCCUCCGCCUCGGAAACUACCUCAGCGCUCCUGGGCCGCGUCCAUCCCUACAAUCCUCACCCACAGUGCCUUGAAUAUCCUGCUGUUGCCCUCUCCUACCCCUGGGCUUGUGCCGGGACUAGCUGGCAGCUACCUGUGCUCCCCUCUUGAGCGAUUCCUUGGGUCGGUUAUUAUGAGGAGGCAUCUUCAGAGGAUCAUACAACAGGAAACGUUACAGUUAAUAAACUCCAAUGAACCAGGUGUAAUUAUGUUUAAGACGGAGGCACUGAAGUGCAGGGUUGCUCUCAAUCCUAAAACCAACCAGACCUUGCAGCUGAAAGUAACACCUGAAAAUACAGGACAGUGGAAAUCAGAGGAGUUGCAAGUGUUGGAGAAGUUCUUUGAAACAAGGGUUGCAGGACCACCUUUUAAAGCGAACACCCUGAUAGCCUUCACAAAAUUACUAGGGGCUCCCACUCAUAUCCUGAGGGACUGUGUACACAUCAUGAAACUGGAGCUGUUCCCUGAUCAGGCAAGUCAGCUGAAAUGGAAUGUGCAGUUCUGUUUAACAAUCCCUCCCAGUGCUCCGCCAAUUGCGCCUCCAGGAACACCUGCCGUUGUGCUGAAAUCCAAAAUGUUGUUUUUCCUCCAGCUAACACAGAAAACAACAGUCCCACAGGAAGCUGUUAGUAUUAUUGUCCCAAUUAUUUAUGAUAUGGCAUCGGGUACAACGCAACAGGCUGACAUUCCCAGGCAGCAGAACUCUUCUGUUGCUGCUCCAAUGAUGGUUAGCAAUAUUCUAAAGAGAUUUGCUGAACUGAAUUCACCACGACCAGGUGAAUGCACAAUAUUUGCAGCCGUUCGUGAUUUGAUGGUUAAUCUUACGCUGCCCCCUGGGGGGCGUCCCUAGACACUUUUAAAAGAAGGCUGAAAGUGAGACAAAACAGCAAAAAAAAAAAAAAUAUAUAUAUAUAAAAAAAAUAAAAAUAAAGCCUUCGGUUAAAAGAGGACGUUUUAAUUUUACCUUUUUUUCUAAGAGCUAAAUAUAAACUGGCAAACUUUCAGGGAUGCACUUUCAUCACAUGAGUAUCACCACAACUUUUGUAUAGUGCUGUUGUAUAGUGUGUUUUAAUUGGAGACACUUCAGACUAGGUAAUAGAUUGAAGUAUCAGCUUGCUGGUAAUAGAUUUAAUAUUCUGUUUUAUACUAUAAAGAUUAUGAAAAUGCCAAACUUGUUUGUUUUUCUGUUUUUCUUAUGUUUUGGUGUAAUAGUCUUUUUUUAAGGCAGGUCUGUCAUUUUUGAAUACUGUAAAACUGUGACAAACUUUAUAUUGAAGCUGUAUUUUAAUAUGACUGCUUUGAAUCCUUAAACAAUUUAUUUGGGCUUGUUGUAAACAUGUCCCCAAAAAGCAAUAUUUAAUAAACUGGAUUAAAAAAUCUUAAA